AUGGGUGAUCCUAGUCGGCCUAUAACGGAUCAACCGGAAGGCACUUUCGUUUGGGCUAAGGUGCGAUUUGGGAUUCUCCCUCCUUGUUCGACUCCCGUUUCUCUUACCUUUCCUCUCCUCUCUCCCUGUUUCUCUUCCCGUUUCCUGUUCUCCACCUCCCCACUCCUCUCCCUCCCUCCUCCUCUCUCGUUUUUCUUCCAGAAACGCGCUCAGUGGCAUGCAGGCAUCAUAGCGUCGCCCCUCAAUUGCUCCACUCCCGCUCCUGAUGCUCCCAACACUCCUUCCCAUGCACUCACCACCACCACUCGAGCACGCUCCUCCCAUGUCUGCGUCUUUCUGCCCCGGGAUGCCACCUUUGUUUGGUGCUCUCCAGACUCUGUGCUCCACGUGUGGAUCAAGCCCGACCCGCUUGGCCCGUAUGCUAGGCCCGUACUCAGGAAGCUGGUGUCUAUGUGUGAGGGAAGUGGUGGGGAGGAGCGGGAAGCUGUUGGUAGUGGUGGUGGUUCUGCCUUUGUUGGUGGUGGUGGUGGUGGUGGUGCUGCUGCUGCUGCUGCUCGUUUUGGUGGUGCUGUUGGGUUGAAGAAUGCUGGCGUGUCAGCAGGAGAUGCUGCCACGUCAGCUGGGCGAGGGAGGGAGGCCAAUCCGCUUCCUGCUUGGGCGAAGCCGGCUGAGCAAGCAACGGAGGGCAGGGGUAGUGGAGGCGGGGAGGGAAGCGGGCAACGAGGAGAUGACUGUGAGAACGCGGGUGGAGAUGGGGAAGAUGAUGGAGGGAGUGAGGGAGGGAGAGGAAGGAGUGACGGUGUGAGAAAAGGGAAGGAGAAUCGAGAAGUGGGAGGGAAUCAGAGAAGGAGUCGAGGUGGUGGUGGGAGUGAGUCAGGCAAGGAGUGGAUUCUGAGGCGCAUGAGGAGGGUUGGGGUGCUGACAGUGGCGACAGAAAUACUCGACUUGAGUGACCAGGUCCCAUUAGAGGCUGUGGUGCUGACGGCUCGCUCCGUCUCGUUCUGGUCUGGCUUUGCUGAAAGGGGUGCUGGAGCCGACUCGUAUGAGCAGCAGGGAGAGCUGUUGAGCGACCUCUGCCAGGCAGGUAAACAACACCAGAGUACACUCAGUCCCUCUGGUAGGAUUGAGCACAGGCCAGGCCGGGCCCUCAGGAGCUCUCUUCAGCCAUCCUCUGGUCGCACGUCUCAGACCUCUGGAAAGUCUCGUGUGAGCUCUCUUCAGCCAUCCUUUGGGCAAACGUGGAAGACCUCUGGAAGGUGUCUCAGCCGCCGCAACCAGCAGCAGCGUGGGCGGCCUUCAAGCGCCCUCUGUUUCCUCCCUUGCUAUUCAUUCACUCUGUCUGUCUGUACCCCCGUCUCCCCCCACCAGGAGCUCUCUUCAGCCAUCCUUUGGGCAAACGUGGAAGACCUCUGGAAGGUGUCUCAGCCGCCGCAACCAGCAGCAGCGUGGGCGGCCUUCAAGCGCCCUCUGCUGGCCGCCGUGGCAGCGUGUGGGGUGACGGGCACGCCUGGCAGGGAGAGGCUCUGGUCCAAAAACGGAGGGAUCUUUGGGUUCCUUCCCUCUUCUGUGGGCGGUGGCGGUGGUUCUGCUGGUGGUGGUGGUGGUGGCGGUGGUGGUGGCGGUGGUGGUGGCGGUGGUGGUGGCGGUGGUGGUGGCGGUGGUGGUGGCGGUGGUGGCGGUGGCGGUGGCGGUGGCGGUGGCGGUGGUGGUGGCGGUGCUGGUGGUGGUAACGGUGCUGGUGCUGGUGCUGGUGCUGGUGCUGGUGGCGGUGGUGGUAAUGAUGGUGGUGCCACUGCUGCAAUUCUCGCAUCUCCUGGGACUGUGAACCGUAAUGUUGUGGGCACAGAAGCUGAUGCUGCUGCUGCUGCUGCUGCUGCUGCUGCUGCGGCUGUGGCUGUGGCUGUGCCGGCUGGUGAUGAGGAGGAGGAGGGCCGUGGGAAGACCCAUGAGGAGGAGGAGGAGGAGGAGGAGGAGGAGGGCCGGCACAUGACGGGUUGUGAUGAGGAAGGUUACCAUAAGUAUGGUGGUUACCACAAGGAUGGUGGUUACCACAUGCGCAGUCAGGGGCUCUGCGAGGAGGCACAUCGUGACAGUGAUGGCACUGCUCGUAAUCGUGACUACAACGAAAGUGAUUCUAUCCGUGGUGACUAUGAUGAAGCUGAUGAUGGUAAAGAAGGUGAGAGUGGUACCGAAGUGCGAGAGCUGAAGCUCCAGGUGAGGCAGCUGUUUGGAGCGUUUGUUGAGGGAGACGUAGGGCAGUGGGCUGCUCUGGCUGGUGGGUGGGCAGCCUUGGCAGGCGGACCGGGAUUUGAGGCGCCGCGAAAGCUGUUUGGAGCGUUUGUUGAGGGAGACGUAGGGAAGUUGGCUGCCCUGGCAGAUGGACCGGUAGCAGUUGGUGGUAUUGCGGAGAGUGGUAUGAGGGAUGGUGAUGUGAGGGAGGGUGACAUGGGGGACGGUGAUAUGAGAGAUGGGGAGUCAAGGGAGAGAGGUGUGAGAGAGAGUGGUUUGCGCCAGGGUGAUGGGGUGCCAGCCCUCAGCGCGGCUCUGCUGUGUCGUCUGUCAGAGAGGAUAGAUACCCUUGUGACUCGAGCUGCUGCUGCUGGCGAUACUUCUGGUGGUGGUGGUGGUGGUGCUGCUGCUGCUGCUGCUGCUGCUGCUGCUGCUGCUGCCGCUGCUCCUGCUGCUAAUACUUCUGGCGAUGUUAACUCUCAAGAGAACCCUCAAGUGAACCCGGGCCUAUGGCAGCUGCUGCAGCUGGUGUCUGCUCGGUUGAACGCUCUGCGGCCAGUGGUAGAGCGCCAGCGGAGCAGAAUGGACGCUGGCGAUUGGUGGAGAGAGGACUGGAAGGGGUGGAGGGAGUUGGUGCUGAGGGGAGGUAGCAGAUGGAAGGUGAGAGAUGGAGUAACUGAGAGGGGGACAGAGCGGGGAAUUCAGAAAGGGAGGGGGGAAGAGGGCGGGAUAGAGAGCAGGAAGCAGGGAGACAGAGAGUGGGGACGGGAAACAGAGGGAGAGGAGGAGGAGGAGGAUGGUGAUUCUGGUGGUGAUGGUGAGGAUGAUGCUAAUGAUGGAGAGAGAGAUUCCCUGGUGGUGUGUGCGGAUCUGAGUGGGGGGAAAGAGCGGGUGCCGAUACUAUGUGUGGUGGACGGGGCAGUGAUGCAGGGAAUGAGGGGUGGGGAGAGGAAAGGGGAGGAGGAGGGAGGGGGUUGGGAGCGGUGGAGGGAGUUUGAGUACAUCACGCAGCGGUACUUCGACCCCAACCUUGGGCUCGAUCUCACUAGCUGGCAGCUGGGUUGUGAAUGCGAGGGCCCUGCCUGUGAUCCCAGGGUGUGUGACCACGUGGCGCACUCCCAGCAGGACACGGAGGGUGAAGCGUGCGACGUGAAUGGGAAGUCCAUGCGAGGACGCUUUGCCUACGACAGCAACGGCAGGAUCGUGCUUCAGAGAUGCCUCCUGGUCUACGAGUGCAAUGCACGCUGUGGGUGCGAUGCCCUCAAGUGCCCCAAUCGGGUACUGCAGCGGGGCAUUCAGCAUCGCCUUGAGCUCUUCCUCACUCCUCACAAGGGCUGGGCGGUGCGAGCAGCAGAACAACUGAAGCGAGGCACCUUUGUGUGCGAGUACAUUGGAGAAGUGGUGGGCAGCACAGAAGCAGCCACACGCGCACAGGCAUACCCUGAGAUUGGCUCUUAUCUGUACGAUAUAGACGCACACAUGGACGCACCCCGUGCUGCUUUGCACUGUGGUUCAAGUGGGAAAUUAUCAAGAGAAGAGACGCGUAGUUUAAAGAACCAGGGCAAUGCGUUGGUCAAGAGAAGGAGGAGGUUGGCGCGGACUGGUGGGCGUGCUGCUGGGUGGGUGAGGAGAAGCGAGCAGCUGGAGAGGGAGAGAAUCAAAGAGAAAUGGAAGAGGCGUGAGGAGGGAUGGGAGGAUGAGGAAGAGGAGUUGGAGGAGAAGGGGGAGUGGUGGGAUGUGGGGAACAUGGAAGACUGGGAGCUCAAGGAGGUGGGGCUGAAGAAGCCGCUGCGGCAGCAGCAGCAGCAGCAGCACUUUGUGAUUGAUGCGACGCGGCAGGGAAACAUCGCAAGAUUCAUCAACCACAGCUGUGACCCCAACCUGGUGAACUACUCGGUGCUUGUGGAGAGCAUGGACUGCCAGCUGGCGCACAUCGGCCUGUUUGCCGACCGAGAUAUAGCAGCAGGAGAGGAGUUGUCAUAUGACUAUCAUUACAGUUUAGUGGAUGGACCGGGUUGCCCCUGCCAUUGUGGAGCCAAGAAAUGCCGUGGUCGUCUUUAUUAG